AUGCAGGGGCGCGCGGGCGAAGGCCCGAGCGGGCUCCGCUCACACCCGCGCGCCCUCCCACCGCCUGUAUUACCACCACCGCCGCAGUUUGCUACUGAUCAAGACGAGAUGCCUGCUAAUCAGAUUGCACAGGUAAUCGCGCUGAUAUGCGGCCUCCUAGUCGUGAUCCUGAUGGUUCUCGGGUUAGCAUCGGCUGACUGGCUGAUGGCUGCCGGUUGGCGUCAAGGCCUUUUCAUGCACUGCAUAGACCCGGAGGCGCCCACACCGCUACCUUUCGAUAUAACCGCUCAACCAGGGUGUUAUGCUGCAAGACCUGCGCCUUAUAUUAAAGCGGCAGCGGGUCUUUGCGUAGCUACCCUGGCAGCGAAUGUGUGCGGAGCGCUGCUGACAGGCCUCGGACUGCGUUCCGCUGACCAUCGCACCAAGUUCCGUUAUUACAGGUUCGCGGUGCUCGCAAUGUCGUUAGCCCUUAUGUGCAUUCUAAUAGCACUAGUUAUCUAUCCAGUCUGCUUUGCUGCAGAAUUGAACUUGGGUAACAGGUCAGUGUGGGAGUUUGGUUGGGCAUAUGGAGUCGGCUGGGGCGCCGCUAUUUUCCUGUUUGGUGCUGUAGUAUUGUUGUUAUGCGAUAAAGAGAGUGAGGAACUCUAUUAUAAGGAGCGGAAAGUGGUGAGCGGCGAGGGCGGGGCGCGCCCCUAG